UUGUCUACCUCAAAAAAUUCUAGAGACGUUGAUACAUUCUUUAUCAAUUUCUCAAAUGAUGAGGCUUUAAAUCUUUUAGAUGCGCACCUCAAAAACAUAUCAUCAUUCCUAUUGGUUAUUUCUCGAUUGACCGUUUUCGAAGAUGGAACACUUGAAGCCGAGUGCGGAGCAGUACCUUGUGGAGAAGUAGGACGACGAUGCAUAGAAGAUCAGACCAGCUGUCGUGCUGACACAGAUGUUUUUUCUGGGAUGCGAUGGGCUCCAAAUGGCCAAAGCGUUCUACUGAGAUGUUGCACCAUCAAGGUUCCCAACAAGAUCUACGUCGGAACUGACUUGGUCACUGCUGGAUCCUACUACGAAGGCGGCCCAAUCGCUAAGAAAGAUAUGUACUAUCCUAAAGGCAGAGAAUUCGACUUCAUCGCUAAUGUUCGAACAGAGCAAACUGCUAACUUUUACCCUGAGUCGAAAGCUAUCCUUGCUUGUUUUCACGAGAACAACAUUAGUACAGUCGCCAGCCCUUCCUUCACUUACACCCCCCAAUUUUCCAGAGGAGGUGUACGCGUUUGGGUCUACCGAGUAGCAUGCGGAGACGAUGAUCGA